AAUUGCAGCAAACACUUCCUUAUUGUGGUCCUCUUAUUGUUAGCGUGUCAGAGGAAAACUUUGGCAUGAGUUAUCGUAAAACCGAUUCUUGCAAAUCACACAUGUAUUAGCAAUCUCUCUAAUGAGAAGCCAUGGAAAAAUCAAACCAAACCAAAGUGGUGCUGCUGGCAUGUGGUUCAUUUAACCCUGUCACCAACAUGCACCUGCGAAUGUUUGAACUGGCUCGGGACCACCUACAGGACACAGGAAACUACCGAGUUAUUAAGGGAAUUAUAUCCCCUGUUGGUGAUGGCUAUAAGAAAAAGGGCUUGAUUGAAGCCUCACAUCGGAUUGAAAUGGCAAAACUUGCUACCGAAAGCUCUGAUUGGGUGACAGUGGGCCCAUGGGAGGGCCAGCAGGCUGAGUGGGUGGAGACUGCCAAAGUAAUCCGGCAUCACUAUGAGGAGCUCCUGGCUGCAGAGAGGAAUAAAGAUGAGGUGGACACUGUGAAGAUUGGCAAGAAGAGGAGGCGGCAUGAAGACAGAGAUGGAUGGGCACACCAUGGGAGGCCAGCUUCUGCUGUAGGUGUGCCCCAGCUGAAGCUGCUGUGUGGCGCGGAUGUCCUGGAGUCCUUCAGCGUACCCAACCUGUGGAAGGCAGAAGACAUCGCCGAGAUCGUGGGCCGCUUCGGCCUGGUGUGCAUCACAAGGGCGGGCAGCGACGCCUGGAAGUUUGUCCACCAGUCAGACACCCUGUGGAGGCACCGCAAGAACAUCCACCUGGUGAAGGAGUGGGUGACCAACGAGAUCUCUGCCACCCACGUGCGCAGGGCCCUCCGGCGUGGCCAGAGCGUCCGGUACUUGCUGCCCGACCCCGUGGUGCAGUACAUCCGGGAGCAAGGCCUGUACACCGCCGAGAGUGAAGAGAAGAACGCCGACGUCGUCCUGGCUCCACUGCAGAAAUAUUCUGAGGGUUGCAACUGAAACGUGACCUUUUCAGCAGCCAAUAAAUGCAAAAAAAAAAAAAGAAAGCCUGAACGAAAAAAAUGAAUGUAGUGUGGUCCUUGCGUGGUAUAUAGGUAGUGGGGAGUGGCAACAGCAAUAAGCCAAUAAGCAUUUUGGUACACUUGUGUGGAAUCACUAUUUAUUUCCGAGACCUUAAUGAUGCACAUAUUUACUUAGGUUUUGGUCAUGUUGUGAAUGCUGGGAGAACAGUUACAAGAUGCCUAGUACUAGUCAGUCAGUCAGCCAUGAUGAAGCAGUGAACAAAUAGAUUAGCUAAUUUUAGCAAGCGGCUGUUUCUUUUUGUACAAACUGCUCUUAUAUAGUCUUUGUAGAGAACGUGUGCUGUGGCUGGAUUUCGAACCAAUAACCUCAGUUAAUGAAACCUAUAUUGCACUCCUUACUUGCAAAUGGUUAAUUUGCUAAAGUUUGGGUGUAAUAAAAUAGUAACAUAUUUUAUUAGCCUGAAAUUGAAGUAACAUUGAUUGAAUGUUUUUUUAAAUGUGAAAUUUUAAAGCCAAUUUUAGAGCAUUUUAGAAAUUGUCCUGUUAUUGAAGUGUGAAAAUGUGUUCGUUCCUAUAGAUACAUUUUUUUAGAGAAAUAAAUAGUUACUUGUGCACU